AUUAAGCGACUUUGUUCGCCGUUCCUUGUUAUUUCUAAUAAGUGUGUUAGCUUGUGCAAGGUACUUUGAGAGAGUUCGAUUGGGAUUCAAUUGCGUUGUGUUCCACUUUAUUUGUGGGACACGAACUUAUUCUUGAUCUCUCAUCCAUAAGAUGUAUUCCUGUAUUGUCUGGAUGGUAUCUCUUGCAGGUUGCUUGUGUGGUUGUGUUUGAUACGCACCACAUAACGGUUGUGAUUUAUUUUCAUACCGCAUCGCUUUGACGCUUAUGCUGGACUCCUGGCUUUGCUGGAUGUUAGAUUACGUGAAGUUCCUUAGUUCUGCUUGCGUUGCUAGCUCACUGCGGAUUUGUUAUCCGCUCGGUAUCUCCUCCGUCCCUUUUACUCUUUCACGCACCAUACGAUGCCAUGAGAAGUAGGGUAGGCAUGCAGCAUCAUUCAUAACAUGAGAAGUAGGGUAGACAUUCAUCUGGCCAAGCCCUCGAAAGAGGCUCUGUAUUUGUUUGUUUAUUAUUCCCCGCUUCUUUCUUUUUACUUCCCGCCUGUCUCGGGUGGCUUUCCCCGUUGACAAUAGCUUCGGGUGGCUUUCCCCGUUAGCUAACGGUCUGUGGUGUCCCUGUCUCGGGUGGCUUUCCUCGUUGACAGUAGCUUCGGGUGGCUUUCCCCGUUAGCUAACAGAUUGUGGCGUGUUUAUCUCGAGUGGCUUUCCUCGGUGAUAGUAGCUUCGGGUGGCUUUCCCCGUUAGCUAAGAGUCUUUAGUGUAUCUAUCUCGGGUGGCUUUCCCCGUUGAUAGCGGCUUCGGGUGGCUUUCCCCGCUAGCUAAAGCACUUCCCCUGUCCCCAGGUCACUACUUCGGUAGUUUGCUUGCUUUACGAGCUGAGCUCGUUUGUGUGUUGCAUUUGCAUUGAUUACUACUUUGUUUGUUUGUUUCUCGAGCAGAGCUCGAUUGUGUGCCAUAUGCUUGUGAUGCUUGUUCACUAUCUUCUUAUCUGCUAUGCCUGUUAGUAUGAUAUCUUUGUGAUACUUGUUCACACUUGCACAUGUAUGCCUGUUACAUGUUGUUUGCGAUGCCUGUUCGCAUUUUUAUCUUUGUGAUACUUGUUCACACUUGCACAUGUAUGCCUGUUACAUGUUAUUUGCGAUGCCUGUUCGCGUUAUCACUUGUGAUGCCUGAUCACACACUCACAUUGGUGUAUGCCUGUUACAUGAUUGCCUUUUUAUCUGCUAUGCCUGUUAGUAUGAUAUCACUUGUUAUGCCUGUUCACACACUCACAUUCGUGUAUGCCUGUUACAUGUCUGUUUUCUGUUUGCGAUGCCUGUUCGCAUAUUCUCAUUUGUGAUGCCUGUUCACAUGUCAUGUUUGCUAGGAUCUUUGUGACGCUCCUUGUUUGCAUGCUCCCUUAGGGUGCUCGGUUCCGUUUCUCUAGGAGACGUGAAUCGAGAUAGAAACAGAAACUUUUGAGCAGAACUACGGCGCUCUGAUUUCUCCACUGCACAUUGGAGGUACGUAGGCACAGGGUACGAACACCCUAGCGAGCGGACUUUUCUCUUUUCCUUUAUUUUGUUCGAACUUUUUCUUUUCUUAUUUUUGUUCGAAUUUCUUGCUUAUUUGCUUAUUCCUUCCAUUGCAUGUUUCCUCUUAUUUGUAUAUCUUCCAUUGCAUGUUUUCCUUAGCACAUAGCAUGUUACACACACACACACCCUUAGAUUAGAAAACUAGCAAGAAUGGAUCCUGUGGAGUACCACAGACGUGAGGGGUGCUAAUACCUUCCCCUCACGUAACAGACACCCUUACCCUUUCUUUGAGACCAUUGCUUGUUAUUUGGUUUUCUUCGAUAUUUUCCAUUCCUUAUUGUAGGAUAAAUAGAUGUUCGAUGGCGACUUCAUUGUAUUUGUUUCGAUGAGUUUUCCAGUUGCUUCAGCGUCACAUAAUCGUUGAUCGUUUCCUUCUCUUCCAUUUGCAUUAACUCGAAUUGCCUCUUGUGAGUUUGUAACCUCACAAUCUUCGCCUUCGCAGCCCCAGCAUAUGCUUUUUCCAGAAUUAACCAAGCUUGCCUCGCAGACUCGCAAUCACCGACCUUUUUGAAAUUAUGACCAUCGACGCAAGAGUGUAUCAAGAAGAGAGCUUUGUAAUCUUUCUUCUUCUCUUCCUUGAAGGUGGCUUGAUGUGCAGAUGUAGGUUCAACCCCAAGUGGUGUGACACCAUUGUUGACGAUAUCGAGAACUUCUUGAUAUCCAAACAAGACCUUCAUUUUCUUCGACCACUUGUCAUAAUUCUUCGAAUCAAGAAUCGGUAAAUUGGUAGGGAUUCGAUCAUUGGUACUCAUUAUUGCUGCGGAAUCGGAUCAGAACCAGUGCUCUUGAUGCCAAAUGUUGGACAUACGAAUAAGAGAGUAAUUGAGGGUGAGUGGAUAAAUUGAAGAUUAACAACAAAUAGGAGUAGUGAGCUCCUUAUAUAGUGCACAUUACAAAAUGAUUGGAAUGAAUAAAACACCCAAAACAGAAACAGAAAAUCAGUUAUGCUUCAGUGUAACCAGUUACAGCAAACAACAUAACCGAUUAUGCAACUACAACACCUCCAGUAACUCUGUUUCACGGAUUCGUAACCGGUUACGGAAAACAGCAUAACCGGUUACACCAACUGAAGUGGUAAAAACAACAGUUUCAACAUUAUGGUCAUAGGAGAAAAGCAAAUUUAAAUAGUGAUGAUUCAAUGCUUUGAAAUAUUCAAAUAAUUUUUUUUCAUAAGCAACUCUUGUAUAAAGAAUAUGAGUAUUAGGGGUACUCCAACCCUUACAAGAAAGAAACAAUUACACAACUUUAGCUUACAGAAAAUCAUAAAUAUAAAAGAGGGUUUUAAACCACUCAUAGAAAUUACAUUUAAUGCUUCCCUUAAAACCUAAAGCAAGCCACCACCAAGAGUAUCAAAUUAUCAUGUAGAAUAAGUCCUUAAAGUCCAAUUCUGCAAUGUUUGCAGCCCUAUUACUCUUCAAUUUACCUUUCAAUAAUUCAACCCAAUUCAAUAGAUGUCCACAACAGUCCAAUCCAGUUGGCAAAUGGAUAUCCAGCCACAUUAGAAUUAUGCUCCUUAAUGGUGCUAACUUGAUACAAUGCAGGAGCAAGUGUUCGACAUCUUCCACCUGUAAAUCACAGAGUACACACAAAGUAGAGUACACACAAAGUUUCAGGAUCUUGAGUUAUAAUAUUUCUUCUACGAAGUUGUCUCUGAGUUGGUAAUCUGUCUCUUAACAAUCUCCAUCCAGAUAUCUGAGUUUUCGAAGGAACAACUGCUCCCCAAAUGAUUUUGAGUCCUUCUUUCAAUCCAACAUCUAAUGCUGCGUUUCCUUGAUGGUUGAUCAUUUUGUACCAGAACUUCACAGUAUAAAAUAUAAUAGAACGAGAAAAUGAUGUUAAUAUUUUAUUUGAUAUAAUAUUCUUUAUACAAUUUUAUAGAUUAUCUUGUCCCCACGAUUUUUCAUUUUAUAAUAUGAGAGUAAUGUUACAUAUUUCUGCUGAAAAGAGAACAAUUACGAGGUAAGAGUAAUAUUAAAAAUAAUUCUGUCAACUUUCUUCAAGAAUACUGCCCGUCUAGAGAGACAAGAAGCCGUGAAAUGGGUUGUUAUUUGUUAGUACUACUUGACUAGAUCUGCUUUUUCAUUGUGCUAUAACAUGCAGAAUUGAUUAUUGCAACUCAAGUCAACUCAUGAUUGUUGAGGAAUUCUACCAAAAUGAUUCAAGUACAAAGAAACAGAUUCUUAUACCUUAUUAUUACCAUUACCUUUGUUCUCAUUUUUGUAUUCCAAUACCUUGACCUUCCCUAUGUUAACCUUCUCCUACCUUCUAAAUUUCAAACUGCUGCAUCUCUAAUAGAUAACAAUGAUAAGAGGUUCAAGCCAUUACAAGAUGAUCUCAAUGUAAUUACCAACCUCUCUUCUAUAGCAAAUGUGUCUAAGGAGAUGAAUGGUUCUCUUCUUAUUAAAGUUCUAGAGACGACAUCAAUCUCGGAUAUGAACAAGUUAUUGCUGCAAAACUAUGCUUCGUAUCGAUCAAUGAUGCCAAGAUGGUCUUCAGCUGUUGAUCAAGAGCUACUACAAGCUAGAUUUGAGAUCGAAAAUGCACCUGUUGUAACUGAUCUUGGAAACCUUUAUGCUCCUCUUUUUCGCAAUGUUUCCAUGUUUAAGAGGAGCUAUGAGUUGAUGGAAAAGACUCUCAAAGUGUAUGUAUACACAGAAGGGUCUAAGCCGAUAAUGCAUUCACCAUAUCUUUCGGGAAUUUACGCUUCCGAGGGAUGGUUCAUGAAGUUGAUGGAAGAUAAUAAAGCAUUUGUUACUAAAGACGCGGCGAAGGCACACCUAUUUUACUUACCUUUCAGUUCUCGAAGGCUCGAGGUAACAUUGUAUGAUAGGAAUUUACAUGGUUACAGGAACUUAGUGCACUAUCUGAAUAACUAUGUAGACAUGAUUGCUGGAAAGCAUAGUUUCUGGAACAGAACAGAAGGUGCUGAUCAUUUUCUUGUUGCUUGCCAUGAUUGGGCACCUUCGGAAACAAAGCAGCGGAUGGCGAAAUGCAUAAGAUCUCUAUGUAAUGCUGAUGUCAAAGAAGGUUUCGUGUUAGGAAAAGACGCGUCACUUCCCGAAACUUACAUCAAUCCGCACAAUCGGACCAGAGACCUCGGUGGAAAACCACCUUUAAAGCGAAAAACUCUUGCCUUUUUUGCAGGCAGUAUGCACGGUUACGUGCGUCCGAUUCUCCUACAGCAUUGGAAAAACAAAGAUCCUGAUAUGAAAAUCUUCGGCAUAAUGCCAGAGUCAAAAGGGAACAGGAACUACGUCCAGUACAUGAAAAGUAGCAGGUAUUGUAUCUGUCCAAAGGGAUAUGAAGUUAACAGUCCGAGAGUUGUCGAGGCUAUCGUCUACGAGUGUGUUCCGGUUAUUAUAUCGGACAAUUUCGUGCCGCCUUUUUUCGAGGUUUUGAAUUGGGAAUCAUUUGCUGUAUUUGUUUUGGAGAAGGACAUUCCAAAUUUGAAGAGUAUUCUUGUUUCCAUUCCAAAAAAGAGGUAUCUUGAAAUGCAGAUGGGAGUGAAGAAAGUGCAACAGCAUUUUCUUUGGCAUAAUAGCCCUGUUAAGUAUGAUAUAUUUCAUAUGAUACUUCAUUCUAUUUGUUACAAUAGAGUCUUCACUGCAAGAGCUGGAUAAAACAAUUUUUAUGUAAGAAA